AGCGUAUUUAACCAUUUAACAGCAACAAAUAUUCAUUCAUUUGCUUUUUUAGAUGUUGUUAUGAUGCUUUGUGUGUGAAUUUUAUUAAUCUAUGUUUUUCCCCUUUAAAUUGUUGUUUUCUCUGUUUGAUUCUUAAAAUUGUUGAAACAAUCAUCUUUACCAUUUCAAAGGUUAAAGUGAGACCAAAAUAGUGGAUCAAGGACCAGUAAUCAUCUUGAAUUCUUGAUCUUCAGACGCUUCCUCGAGUAACUUAAAAUUGUUGCUAUUAAUGCCUAAUUAUAAUCAUUUCAAAAAGGUGACAAAUAUCAUAUCAUAAUGUUUAAUCUGUUGGAUGCUGCUAAAACAGUCUUAAAUUCAGUAUCAUCUACGAAUUUAUUCCCUUGGAAUUUCAUUGAUUCAAACCAUGGACCUUUUCAGUUGCCUGCACAGAUGACCAGGAAAAUAGAGUACCUUCCAUUAGAAAGGAAAAGAAAGAUGAACCAAAUCGAGACGAACUUGACGAAAAAAUUGAAACCAACACCCAUAAUUGAAGAGGUUCUUCCACCAUCAUUGCCGUUAGUAUCACAAGUAGUGUCACCAAAAUCACCACAAAUAUCAUCUUGUACAUGUUCACACACACCACCAGCAUCGCCAUUACAAUCACCGUCACAAUCCCCAUUAAAAGCACCAAUUGAGAAGCCAAUAGAAUCAAUAAUAGAAGCGCCAUUACAAUCACCAUUAAAAGCACCGAUAGAACCACCAAUAGAAUCGCCAAUACAAUCACCAGAAAAACCGCAUCAACCAGAGGUCAUAAUUGAAGAAGUUGUUUUAUCAUCCUCACCAUCCUCACCUUCAACACCGACAUCUCAUACUAUGGGAUUAAAAUCACCAUCAACAUCACCAUGUACUCGUUCUCAAUCGCCGCCAGCCACGCCAGUACAACCAGCAUUACAAUCACCAGAGAAGCCCCAUGAACCAACAAUCACAAUUGAAGAAGUUGAUUUAUCAUCACCAUCAUCUUGUGCCAGCUCUCGAUCACCAUUGCAAUCACCAGAAAAACCACCUCAACCAACAACUCCAGUUAAAGAUUUUGUAUCAUCAAAAUUAAAUACAGCACCACAAACCAAGGAAAUAAAAAAGCUAUCACCAUCAAAAUUAUCAAUUCUGUCUCUCCAAAAUCUCGAAUUUUUCUCCAAUAAUUCAGAAUUGUUAAAAAAAUUGACUAAUGAUAACUUCGAUUAUAACCAAUUUAAAGACACGUUGAAAAAUCCAUUCGAUACCAUAAUGUUUUAUCUUUUGGUGGAAGCGAAAGGAUCUUUGAAUUCAGCAUCAGCUAUCAAUUUAUUCCCAUGGAAUUUCGAUGUAUUUCACAUUGGUAUAUAUCCUCAUGAACCUCAUCAGGUGUUUUCUUCCAUCCAUGGAAACUUACCUGUACCCGAAAAGACAGUUCGAGAUGAUUUCCAAAGAAAAGUUUCUAUUGUUGUUAUUAAAAACAAAAAAAGAUUUAUCUGUACAAACAACCUUUGCAACCAUGGGAAUGAAAAAUUCCCUAAAAAGGAGAACAUCAUUUUACAUUUAUACAAAAAAUACGUACUCUUUGUGUGUGUGGCUUGUGGGGCAAUGUUUCACGAAAAGUCUACUCUUGGUGUUCAUCAAGCAUCGCAUUGUCGCUUCAGAAAAAAACUAAAAGCUCCUGACAAUCUCAAUGACAUUAAAAAUGAAGACGACAAAGUGAUUGAAGAUGACAAUAAUGGCGAUGGUGAAAAAAAUGUAGACAUAAAAACUGAAGAAGAAGUUUUUAAAAUUUUAAUUCAAACUGCGCUUAAACGAGCUCAUGAGGAUGGAUUACUGAUUCAGUUCGAGAAAACUGAGGCUUUGAUAAAUGCCCUUUCGAGUGACUUCAAAUCAAUGAGUUUUCUCGUUCUUCUUGCAAGCAUCAUCAUGUGUCAGGAAGGAAAGUAUGGUCUUGAACGAGAUGAGUUGCAAUGCCACGAUGAUUAUUACAAAAUUUGGAUGGACACUGAGCGCUGUUUUCAGAUUGUGGAAUUAGCCACGAAAAAGGCAAUCUCAAUAGAAGUUCUAGAAUCUCGAGUGAAGCGAGGUGUCGGCAAAGAGAGCGAUUCUUAUGUUUGUAAAUAUCCAUUCUGUCGCUGUUCUGGUAAAUUUAAAAGAAACACAAAAUUAGAAAUGAUUUCCCACAUUGAACAGUCUAAUUACAGAUUGGUUUGUUGUGGAUGUCAUUCAUCAUUCAAAGUAAUUUCAUCUUUAAUCCGACACUCAAAUGACAGUUGCAAACAUAGCAAAUUGUUGGAUAAAAUGAAAGAAGCAGCCAAAAAAUACUAAAUAUUGUUAUUCAUUUUAAGUUAUAGUCAUCAUUGACUGUAAUCACAACAAUCAACCAGUUUAUGAGUUUGGACAAAAACAAAAUUUUCACUUGUUACUUGUUUUGAAAUUGAAAUUUACUCUAACGAUGUGUCUUUAAGACCUAGAAAUAGUCAAAGUUAUUAACUAUAAGCGUAUUAAUAUGUAAAAUGAAGAAUGAAUAAAUGAACAAAUUUUGAAUCUCUUAA